AUGAAGUUCUUGAUUUUGCUGAGUAUACUUUGUAUCUUCUCCCAAGACAUUGUGGAGGUACAGCUUUUAACAGAAACAUAUAACCCUCUUAGGAUUAUAUGCUUCUGUUAUUAAUCAGUAAGUUCGCGCUUUCCGAUGAAUGUUAGUAUUUUGGAUGAUUUACGACGUUCUCUUUGUGUUUAACUGUUAGCUUAAAUAAAAAAAUCGUAAAUACCUCAAUUAUUUGCUUUUUCUCGUUGUGGUUUGUUCUUGCUUUUUUGCCGUUCAAGUUGUGUUAUUCCACGUAUAGAGCGUAUUCACAUGAGGUCACGGCGGCCAUAUUGGUUUUCGAAAACAAUGAAACGGCGGCCAUAUUGGUGUUUCAAACAAAUCCUGUGGGAGUUGGACUCUUUUAUUGUGUAAAAAAAUUCUUUUGCUCCCAUAAAUUUGCUGAAUGCUGGACACGUGAGUGAAUACGCUCUCUUUUUUUUCCAUAAAUUUAAUUAGAAUUAAACUUUUUGUGUAACUUUCUGCUGUUUGUUUGUAUGUUUGGUUUUUUUUGUUUGUUUGUUGUCGUUGUUGUUAUUUUUUUUUAUUUGUUUAUGGAGGCUUGGUACAAAAAAAGUUUUAUCACUUGACAUUUUUUUUCGAAGAAUCUAACACAGUUGCUUUCUUUUUAUUUUGCAUGCACUCAGGUCACAGGAAGGGAAAUUUUCUGUAAGUUAUGUUUUUUUCUUCUGAAACAUAUAUUGGACAUUUCUGAAAAUCCUACUAACAAAUCUCAACACAUCUCUGUGGUGUAGAGAUCGUAACUGCCACUUGCAAAAAUAGCAGGGGCAUUUGGAAAAUUGUGCGUACCUCUGAAAAAAUCUUCGCUACGUCCCUGUAAACUCCCAGGAGCUCUAAAUAGUUCGUGAAAGCCAUACAUUCCUAUCGUGCUCUGCAAUCCGUUCACGCAUACCUCUUCCCGUUUUGCCAAUGUAUACUUCACAGCAUUCCCAAAGGGAACUGCUCCACCAGCACGAAAAAUUGGAUUCGGGGCAAAAAUGGUGCAAAAAAAGUGCAAAUUAGGGGGUAAUCAAGGGCAACGAUGGUUAAUACCGCAUUUGCAUGCCAGUUUACAUGGGGUAGUAAAUUCGAGAGCUUGAUUUAACCGUAAUUUGCACUUUUUUUGCACCAAAUUUGCACCAAGUAAAUUUGGUGUAAAUCAAAUUUUUCACACAGCCUGCACUUUUACGUCGCACUAAGUGUGAUCUAAUUGUAGUGUCGAACUUGAAAACAGAUCGUAUGCCAUGCUGUUGUAGGCAACGACAAACUGCUUCAGGUGACCCUUAAAUGUAUGGCAGAAUCGUAGAUUGUAGAUUUAAUUUCGGUUGUAGGUUCUUUAUCAGAUGUCUGGUUCCUGGAUUACUUACGUUAGCAACAAACGAAUGCUGGUAUCCGUUAGAGAUAAGAUAUUUAGAAAUUUCGUUUUUGCAGGCUUGUUCGUUUGAUGGUUACUUGUUGGUUUUUCUUUCACAUAGAUUGUCCCAAUUGCCGAAGGCAAGCGCAGUGUUAUGCGGAUCCUUGCAUGUCUUACCCUUGUGGAGCGCCAAAUAAAGUGUGCAAGGCUUGCUACUGUAUGGGAUGUGACUCAUACACUUGUAAUGAGCGGCCACUAAAAGAAUAA